AUGAACCUCUUAAGAAAGCUAUUUAAACAGACAAAUUAUCCUUUAAAUAGACAUAUUACGAUAAGGCCUUCAAAUAUUUCGUUUUUUUCUCGUGAAAUUUGCCAAGAAACUCGCAUUAAUAUUCAAAAUCUUUUAAAAGCAUCACCAGUUGUCCUUUUCAUGAAAGGAACUCCUGAAAAGCCUUUAUGCGGGUUUUCUAAUGCAGCUAUCCAAAUAUUAAAUCUCUUUUCAAUUAAUCCGGCUAAAUUUCUGACAUUUAAUGUAUUGGAAGAUGAUCGAAUAAGACAGGGUAUUAAAGAAUACAGUAAUUGGCCAACAAUACCGCAGCUUUAUAUUGAUAAUGAAUUUAUUGGAGGAAGUGAUAUUCUUCUUGAAAUAUACAAAAAUGGAGAAUUAAAAAAACUUCUUAAUAAGGCAGGCGUUUUAUUAGAGUUAGGUAAAAUACAGAUUAUAUAG